AUGUUUAAAAUUCUCAUAUUUUUUCUAAUUUUUGCGAUUCAAAUCAACUGCAAAGCAGUUUUUGGCGUGGAUGAAGAAGCUCAAGCUAAUUUGAACUCUGGAAAAGUUAUGGAUGAUGCAACUUCAAAUGAUGAUUUUUUGAAAUCGGGAGAAAAAAUAUUGGGAAAAGGAAUUGUGAAAAGAGGAGUUCCUUCGGAUGUGCUCGAUAUAUUGAGACCUAAAUAA